UCUAUCAUCUCUCUCUCUCUCUCUCUCUCUCAAGAACAGAAACCAUGGCUGACUUAAUGGUGGGAGGAGCUCUUCUCUCUGGUUUCAUGAAUGUCCUCUUUGACAGGCUUGCUUCCAAAGAGGUCCUUGACUUCUUUCGUGGAGACAAACUCAAUCAAAAGCUGCUCAAAAGGCUGAAGACUGUGUUGCUAUCAGCUAAUGCACUGCUGAACGAUGCCGAGGAGAAGCAGCCUGGAGACAACAACGUGAAGAAUUGGCUUGAUGAGCUUAAAGAAGUACUGUAUGAAGCAGAUCACGUGAUGGACAAGAUCAGUACUGAAGCUCUGCGACUCAAGAUGGAGGAAGAUGAACUCCAAAGCACAGCAAGUAAGGCCUUCAACUUUGUCUCUAAUAAUCCAUUUGAAAUAAGUGCUGUGAAAUCUGAAAUGGAAGAGAUCCUUGAUACUCUAAAGGAUCUUUUAGAACAGACAGAGUACCUUGGUUUGAAAAAAGUAGAGCUGAAAACAACAUUACAUAGACCACCUGCACCUUUGUUAGAUGAUUCUAAGGUUUAUGGAAGGGAGAAUGAUAAAGAGGCUAUUGUUAAGCUAGUAUUGUGUGAUAAUGUUGGUGACCAUAGGAUUGUCCUAAUUCCUAUAAUAGGGAUGGCUGGUAUUGGCAAAACUACACUUACUCAAAGUGUAUAUGACGAUACCACUGUCCAACAACACUUUGACUUGAAAGCAUGGGUAACUAUCUCCGAAGAUUUUGAUGUUUUGAAAAUAACUAAACUUAUUUUUGAGGCAAUCACUAAAACAAGUUGCGAAGCAAAGGAGCUAUAUCAACUUCAAAAUGAAUUGAAAAAUGCUUUGAUAGGGAAGAAGUUUCUUUUUGUUCUCGAUGAUGUGUGGAAUGAAAAUUAUUUGUUGUGGGACUCUUUGAAAAGCUCUUUUCAAUCUGGCGAUCAAGGAAGUAAGAUCAUUGUGACCACGCGUAGCAAAGAUAUUGCUUUGAUGAUGAGGACGAUGCAUGUUCAGCCUUACGAGCUUAAAGAAAUAUCUUACGAAAAUUGUUGGAAGUUGUUUGCAGAACACGUCUUUGAUAAUAUAGGCUCCAAUGAGGUACAUCAAGACAUGGAAGAAAUCGGAAAGCAAAUUGUAAAAAAGUGCAAGGGUCUUCCUUUGGCUGUAAAAUCGAUGGCUGGACUUUUACGAUCUAUGUCCACUAGCGAAGAAUGGAGACAUGUACUGCAAAGUGAUGUAUGGGAGUUGCCCAAUCGUCUCAAACUGGGAAUUGUUCCAGCUUUGUGGUUGAGCUAUCGAUUUCUGCCUCCUUAUUUGAAACCAUGUUUUUCUUAUCUCUCUUUAUUUCCCAAGGAUUAUGAAUUUCAGAAAGAUGACAGAGAACAAAUAAUCUUAAUAUGGAUGGCAGAAGGUCUUUUACUACCUCAAAAAGGAAAAAGGAUUGAAGAUGUUGGAGAAGAGUACAUGAGUGCUUUAAUAUCAAGAUCAUUUUUCCAAAGAUCCAGACACUAUUUUCUCUGUAUGCACGAUCUUAUGCAUGAUCUAGCUAUGUAUGUAUCAGGUCAGUGUUGCUCUAUUUAUGAUAGUUGUAAUAACUUCCACAAGCUAAUUGGUAGCAAGACACGCCAUCUAUCAUACAUGAAAGACUUAAAAGAUACAGUAGAAUUUGACAACUUUUCUAGAGUGAAGUAUUUGCGCACCUUGUUAGCUUUACCAUUGCGAAAUACAUAUCCAUGGCAGAAUACACAAUUAAAGCUUGAAAUCGUGCUGAACGAUGGAGGAUGCUUAAGAUCACUUUCUUUGUCAGAAUCAUGUAUCACAGACUUGCCUGAUUCAAUUGGCAAUUUAAAACAUCUCAGGUAUUUGGAUGCGUCUGGCACGAAAAUUAAGGAAUUACCUCAUUCAGUUUGUGGGUUGUACAAUUUGGAAACACUCUUGUUGUCACAUUGUCGAAAUCUCACACAUUUGCCUACCAACAUUUCCAAGUUAGUCAACCUGCGUCAUCUUAUGACAAGAUGGACUCCUCUAAAAGAGAUGCCACCGAAGAUUUGUGAUAUGAUAAAUCUUCAGAGGUUAAGUAAUUUUGUUCUGUGUAAAAAUGAUGGGUCCAGGAUCAAAGAGUUGGGAAAGUUGGAUAAUUUGCAUGAACGCUUGGAGAUUUCAGGGCUUGAGCAUGUUAGAGAAGUGAGUGAUGUUUUGGAAGGCAAUUUGAAGAACAAAAAGUAUCUCAAUGAGCUCAUUCUUGAUUGGAACAGUGUGGCAGAUAGCUCAACAAAGGAAAGAGAAGUUCUUGAUGCACUCCAACCACAUGUAAAUUUAAAGAAACUCGUAAUCAGACGUUAUAACGGUACAAGCUUGCCAGAUUGGGUAACACAUCAAUCAUAUUGUAACUUGAAAAAAGUUAAGCUACAGUGCACAAAUCUUUGCUUGUUGUUGUUAUCAUUUCGGCGGCUAAGUUCACUGAUAGAUUUUCGUGUUUUUGGUGUUUCCUGUCUUGAUAUGCAUGAUGAAUUUCGUAGUAUUUCUUUGAAUAAGCCCUUUCCAUUCUUAGCAAGAUUAUGGCUUGAUCAUAUAGAUAUGUUGGAUUGGUCAUUUAUUAAUACAAGUGACGAAAGAUGUGAGCUUUUUCAAUGUUUAAAGCAAUUUGAUUUAGUCAGCUGUGGGAAGCUGAGUGUGGCGCUACCUAUGUGUAAUUUUCCAUCUUUAGAAUAUAUCAAUAUUUCAUCUUGCGAUGAAUUGGUAACUAUAUUUCCAACAAGUACUCACAUUGCCUCUCCAUAUCCUUCCCUCAACUUGUUGAACACAAUGCAUUGCUCAAGGUUGGAAACUUUUUCAGAAAUGGGAUUGCCUUUUACUUUACAACGUCUACGCAUCGCAUCAUGUGAUAAGCUCAUGGAAAACCGCAUGAAAUGGAAUUUACAAGGACUCCCAUCAUUGAUUUCCUUAGAAAUAUGGCAUUGUGGAGAAGUGGUGGAUUCAUUUCCAGAGGAAUGGCUGCUCCCACCAUCUUUAAGAAGUCUUAAGAUCUUUGAAUGUAAUAACCUCAAAGCUCUUAACAGCAAAGGCUUUCAACACCUCACCUCCCUUCGUCAAUUAGAUCUUCUUUAUUUGGAAAAGCUAGAGUGCUUACCAGCAGCAGGACUGCCCCAGAGUGUUACUUAUUUGUCCAUAGAAGGAUGCAGUCUGCUAAUUCCCAGGUGCAAGGAAGGAACAGGGGAAGAUUGGCCCAAAGUUCAACACAUUCCUAACAUACGAACUGAAGAAACAGAAUUUAAUAAGAGACAAGUAGGCGGCAGGUAA